AUGAGUAUGAAGGUCUUUGUGUUGUUUGUUGCUACAAUUUUGGUAGCUUCGCAAUGCCAUGGCGCUUCCUUCAGAAGCUUCCCUCUCAAAAUGGAAACAGGGUAUGGCGAUGAAAGUUAUGCGCCAGUUGGAGACUUGCUGCAGAAACACACAACAUCAUGGGCUGGGAAACCAUUCCUGAAGAGUGCAGCGGUCAAAGUCUAUGAGAAGGAAGUCAUUGUGUUCAGCAUAGAUGGAACCGUUCUCUCCAACGUCCUAUACUAUUCUCAACAUGGAUAUGGAGUGGAGAAGUUCAACUCCACACGUUAUGACGAAUUUGUGAACAAGGGUGACUUACCAGCAUUGCCUGAGACUCUAAGGAAUUACCGCUACCUGGUGAAUCUUGGCUACAAGAUUAUCUUCUUGUCAGGAAGACAUGAGAGCAAAAGAGCUGUAACUGAAGCCAACUUAAAGGCGGCUGGUUACCACACAUGGGAGAAGUUGAUUCUCAAGAAGAGAUUUGUGGUUGCAGGGACCCAUCAAACAAUUCUCCAAAUGCUCGAGUUCAAAAAGGCAGAGAAGGCUAAGCUGGUGCAGCAGGGAUACAGAAUCGUUGCAGUGAUCGGAGACCAAUGGAGCGAUCUGCAGGGACAACCGAAAGGCAUUAGGAUCUUUAAGCUUCCUAAUCCCAUGUACUACAUUCACUAG